GGAAACGGGGGCUUUUGGGGGGCUCCCGCCGCCCCCACCCGGUACCGGGAGGCGGCAAGAGGGACGGGACGGACAGGGCUCGGUAGCCCCCGCCGUCCCCGCGGGUCCGCACCCACGCGAGCCACGGCCCGGACAGCAGGCGGCGGGAGCCCCGGGGAGCGUUCCGUCGGCUCCCGGUAUCGGGCGAGCGGGGCCUGAGGGGGAGCCCCGGGGCGGCCACCUGCCCCAAGCAGCCUUAGCCCGCCCCGGGGGAGGCUGCGGAGCCCGAGGGCGGUGAAGGAGGGAGAGCAGGGGAGGAAGGAGACAGCACUGGGCAGGGGAACACGGUGCGGGGCACGGGGGUGUUUGCCCCGAUGUGUCCUCUUAGGGCCAGUCCGGGCCCUUCCCAAGCCGAGCUCCGGGACUGGUGCUCGGAAGCUCCGUGCCUGCCCCGGAGGGUCCCGGGACGGCGGGCGGAACCCGCUCGGCGGCGGUACCGCCCUAUCCGCCCUCUCUUCCUUCCUGACGCCGAGUUGGGCUGGACCCAGGGUUAGUCCCAGUUUAGCCCCGCAGACGUCGCGCUCACCGCUGCCCCCGACCUCGCACGCAGCGGCUCCGGCUCCAUCCCAGUCCCGCAGGCCGGCAGCGCUCGGGAGCCGCGGAAACCGGGGGAGCCGCGGAAACCGGGGGCUGGCGGGGGCCGGCACCAGUGGCGCCCGUCUGCUCACCGUGGCAGGGCCCGUGUAGGAGGGACCCGCUCGGGCCCGCAGGAUGUCCCAGCCGCCCUCCAUCACUCUCCACGUCCCCGAGGGCACCGAGAGCGAUGGCCAGGAGCCCAGUCCAGACAACGAGAGAGCCCUGCACACCUCAUUCCACCAGCUCAUCCUGGAGCAGAGCAGCUUGAUCGAGGCAGGUCUGGAGCUGGAGUUGCAGGAGAGGGACAGAGAGUCUCCAGCCUGCUUGGCUACUCCAGAUGCCUGUGCUGGAGCCUGGCCAGAGCCUGGGCAAGGUGAGGAGCACCCCAGCUACUCCUCUGCCUCCCUGCAGAUCUUGGCCAGCAUGCCUAGCCGCACCAUCGGACGCAACCUUGGGGCCAUCAUCUCCCAGUACUGCAACCGCACGGCCCGGCUGCGGCGCCGGAGCAGCCGCCCACCCCUGCAGCAGCUCUGCCGCGCGGCGCGGCCCAGCCUGCGCCAGUAUGACCUGGAGACUGACCCCACCAGGGCCACGCUGGAAGACAAGCGGCGCCUGCUGGUAAAGGAGCUGCUGAGCGUCUCACCCAGCCAGUGCAGCCACAUGCUGCUCACCAUGCCCCUCAGCCUGGCGGAGAAACGCAUCCUCCGGCGGCAACUGAGCAGGCAGAGGGACCCACUGAGGCAGCGCACCCAUCACAGGGCCCCCUUCUCACCCUGUGGUUGGUCCAAGGUCUACGUCAUCCUUGGCUGCCGAGGUCUCUGGUACAGGAUCCUCUCCCUGCUCCGCACUGCACAACCCUGGCACUAUGCCCUGAAGCAGAUUGGGGGCCGCUUUGGUUCCAGUGUCCUCUCCUACUUCCUCUUCCUCAAGAUGCUCCUUAUGUUCAACUUCUUUUCAUUCCUCAUCCUCCUGGCCUUCGUGGUCCUGCAGGCUGUGUACCCCCCUGCAUCAGUCAGCCCCCAGCCCUUCACCGGCCUCGAGCUCCUCACAGGAGGAGGCUACUUCACGCACUCGCUGCUGUACUACGGCUACUACAGGAACGUCACCCUAAACGACCCCUGCACCUCCAGUCCUAAGGGCAGCGUGUGCCCCCUCGCAGCCCCCCUGUUCCCGUACAACUUGCCACUGGCCUACCUGUUCAGCAUUGGGGUCUCCUUCCUUGUCACCUGCAUCCUGCUGGUGUACAGUGUGUCCCGCUCUUUUCGGGAGAGCGUGAGAAGCUCUAUGGGGGACUUGGCCAUCAAAGUCUUCUGCGCCUGGGACUUCAAGGUGAUCCAGAGGCGCUCGGUGAAGCUGCAGUGUGAGAACAUCUGCACCCAGCUGAAGGAGCUGCUGGUGGAGCACCGCUCCCGCUCCCGCUCCCGGAGCCGCUGCCAGUGCCUGGGGCACUGCAUCGUGAUAUUGCUGGCCUGGGUCCUGGCACUGGGCUGUGUGUCGGGCUGCGUGCUGGCUGUGCACUACUUCUCGGAGCACAUGCACAUGGUUCAGCAGGAGCAACAAGCACAGGGCAGUGGCAGAUGGCAGCAAGAAGCCAUUCUCCUGGUCCUGCCCCUUGUGGUGUCCCUCCUCAAUGCGUUGAUGCCCCGCCUGUUCAACUUGCUGGCGAUGUGGGAGAAGCAGGACUCCCCGGUGACACAGGUCUACGUGGCAAUCAUCAGGAACCUCAUCCUGAAGACGAUGGUUCUCAUCCUGCUGUGCUCCCAGUGGCUCAGCCGGAGUGUUACCUGCUCAGCAGAGGAGUGCUGGGAGACGUGUGUGGGGCAGGACCUGUAUCGCUUCAUGGUGAUGGAUUUCAUAUUCACCUUGCUGGACAUGCUCUUCGGGGAGCUGAUCUGGAGGCUAAUCCUGGAAAAGAAGCUGAAGACAAAGCAGAGGCCAGAGUUUGAUAUCGCCCGAAACGUGCUGGAGCUGAUCUAUGGGCAGACCCUGACCUGGCUCAGACCCAGGCAAGCUCAUCUUUCCCCUGCUCCCAGGCUGGGUAUUCUCUUCGCUCCGCUCCUGCCAGCUGUGCAGAUGCUGAAGCUGCUGCUGUUGUUCUAUAUCAAAAAGACCAGCCUGAUGUGGAACUGCCAGUCCCCCAGCAAGCCCUGGCAAGCAUCACGCAUGAACACCAUGUUCAUCACUCUGCUGUGCUUCCCCUCCUUCCUGGGUGCAGCUGCAUUCCUCUCCUACACCAUCUGGUCGGUGCAGCCAUCAGAAACCUGCGGUCCCUUCCGGGGGCUGGAAACCAUCUACAAGUCAGGGAAGAGGUGGGUGCUAGUGCUGGAGAAGUCCAACCCCAACAUCACCUGGUUUGCCUGGGUCUACCAGCACCUGUUGGAGAACACCUGGCUCCUGUUCUUCAUAUCCGUGGCCCUGAUAGCUGUGAUCUACUUCAACAUCCAGGUGGUAAGAGGCCGCCAGAGGAUCAUCCGCCUGCUCCAGGAGCAGAUUGCCAAGGAAGGGGAAGAUAAGAUAUUUCUCAUUGAGAAGCUUCACUGCGUUUACAAGCAGAGAGACAGAUGCUCCUGAGUCCCAGGGACUCUGUCCUCUUAGUGUCAAGCCCCACAGGAAGGAAUGGGAUGGAAUGGACUCUGCUUGCAGCUGGGACUGAAUCUGUCCACCACAACACAGCGCUGGAAGCUGGGGGACAAUGGAGUGCUGAGGAAGAUCCUCCCUUCUUGCCAUGGUCAAGGACCCAUUGGGGCAUGUCACUGGGAAU